AUGAGUCAACUGUGGGGCCACAGAACGGUGCUAUGCGUCAUCUUGGCCUGUGGAGUUGCAACACAAAGCGGCGCUGUGGCGCAGCAUCUGAUUGCGUAUAUCUCUCAGCAUGGGCUGCAUGGCGAGAUUACAUUUCGCCAGAGCGAAGAAAAUCUUGUGGAGAUUCAGUCUAAUUUGGAAGCCACAUUGCAAUAUCCGGACCAAGUGUGGAGUUGGGCGGUGCGACGUUUUCCGGUGGAUUACACAAACACAGAUCCCGAUGAGCGAUGUGAGUUGGAUCGACUGGGCUCGCAGAUCUUGAGCUUCGAUGAGGAUUUGGAAUAUCUGGUGUUGCCGGGCAACGAGACGUCCACCUGGCAGCACAAAAUGCAGCUAAUUGGUGAUCGUGGCAUCUGGGGCAAGUCCCUGGUCCUAACGGAGGUCAAUUCGAAUGCCCGCAUCUGUGCCACAAUAACCACGGUGCAGAACUCCAUGGAGCACAUGGCAGAGGCACGUUUCAAUACUCCGAUUGCGGGUUCCGUUCACUUUCGAUGGCUCGCACCGACUGAUGGUGUCGGCGGCGACACGUUGAUCUACUCAGAUCUAUUUCACAUUCAGGAGCAACCAGCCUCGCCCACCCAGGAGAACAAUCGCCAGUUCACGCAGCACCAUUGGAAGAUAUUUGUGACGGAUAUUUUCAAGCAUGAUCAUCAUCGAAGCGAGGACAACUGCAACUUCCUGCAGCUGGUUUUCGAUCCGCAGGGCAGUGGACCUGGCCAAGGUAUUGGGGACUUGGACACGCGCCUGGGCAGAAUUGGUGUGGCCAAGAACGCUCUUCGCAUUUCACAGCGCAGUGUCUUCCGGGAUGCCAAACUGGCGCUGUUGCCCUCAGAUCUAACCAUUCCGCAUCGCACACUCUACCUGGUGAUCUACGACAACCAGCAUCCGGAUAACUUCUUGGCGUGCACACAGAUCAGACACGUCCAGACAUUGAUUUACAAAACUUUCAUUAACUCGGGUGGGGUCAAAGGCGAAGUCACCUUCACACAGCGCUCCAAGUUCGAUCCGACCUUUCUCAACUUUACCCUGUCCACACCACUGGCCCAGCAUGUUAGCCGCAAGUUUGCCGAGGAUGUGGCAGCCUUUCGCAUUCACAGUCUGCCCCCAACGCCACAGCGUCUCGGAAAGUCGGAUUACUGCGAGACAACGGGUGAAUUGCACAAUCCCCGGGAGCUGCAGCGGGAACAUGGGCCACCUCCGGGAUAUGGCACACAGGAGCAAUAUGCUCUGGGUGAUCUCAGUGGCAAGCUGCAAGGUCGCAACAAGCAAUACUUUCACCAGUACGUUCUGCCCGGUACCAGCUCCGAGUUGAGUGGUCUGUACUGGGACCUUUAUCUGCCACUGCAGGGUCGCCACAGCAUCGCCCAUCGCAGUCUCGUCAUCUACACCUACAACCGCACCGAAGUGCACAAUAUCACCCAGAGCAUCUGGGGUUGCUCCACAUUGAAUCAAUACCAACGCAAUGGGAUCUACCAGCAGCCCAUGUUUACGGCACAGGUUCUCUUCCGAUAUCCGGUGGUUGGACGCGUCAUCUUUCGCCAGGCCGCCGAGCAGCCCUGGCAGGACACGACGGUGCUGUUUGAGUAUCUGAUACAGGCAGAUGGUUCCACGCAGAAUAGCACCUUUGAUCAUCGCUGGGGCAUACACAGUAAUCCACCCGGUAAGGACUUCUAUGACUGGCAGAACCGUUGCAUUUCGGCGGGCGGUGUAUUUAAUCCAUUCAAGGUCGACUGGGGCAAUCGCAGUGUCGAUGAUUUUUGCCGUCCUCAAUUGCCGGCAAUGUGCCGCUUGGGUGCACUCGAUGCACGUCUUGGACGGCUGAGUAUAGCUGGUGGAAUCCAUAAGGCUAGGCAGCUGAGUCGUCGCAUGUUUAGCGAUGGUAACCUGCCCCUGUCGGGGGGCCAUAGCAUACUGGGCAAGUCCCUGGUCAUUUACGAUGACAAUGGACCCAAGGCCAGGGGCGAACGGUUGGCCUGUUCCAGUCUGAUCGGUCAUUAUCGACGCAAGGUUGUCGCCAAGGAUUGGUAUGCCAAUGGAGACGAGCUGACAGUCAAUGGCAAAAUGGAAAUCACACAGCAAUCCGAGUAUGACAUCAGCAAUGUUGAGGUGCAACUUAAAGGACUGCAGGAUAACGGUGGCUAUCAGAUACACAUGACCCCAGUGGAGGCAAAUCUGGCUUUUCCCUGCGAGGCAUCCACGCUGUACGGUAUCUGGAAUCCCUUCGAGGUCAAUCCAAAGUCUAUACCUCCGCCCAAACAGGGCACCAGCGAUCAGUAUGAAAUGGGUGAUCUAAGCGGUAAAUUUGGACGCCUCAAUGGACUGACCCACUAUGAGGAUGCCUAUAACGACACCAACUUGCCUCUCUUUGGCUACAACAGCAUCAUUGGACGCUCGGUGGUCAUCAAAAAGCAACAAAAGAACGCUCGCUGGGCCUGCAGCACACUGGAGCGUGGCUAUAGUCCAAGUGAGGCAAGGGAGCUGAGAGGUAUAGCUUCGUUUCAUCAUCCAACGGGUUACGCCUAUGGCUAUAUUAAGAUGACGCAACUGAUCCACAACGAUGGCAGUCAGUCAGAGACAGUGAUUGAGGUGAAGCUACGUCAUCCGGGCAAGAACGAUCGCAAUUCUACGCGCAACCACAACUGGCAAAUCUUUGUGAAUCCCGUGGGUGUCGAUGCCGCUGUCAAGCCCACAGUUACCCGCUGUGUGGCAGGUGGAUACGUCUGGAAUCCCUUUUACACUCAACUCGCAGAUCCCUUGAAUCUUGAUUUAUAUGAACAGGAAUGUGGACCAGAUAAUCCAUUGAGGUGCUAUGUAGGCGAUGUGGGAGCGCGUUUGGGAACCAUAGAUCUUGGUGGAGAGCGGGUUGUGCUCAUAGAUUCCAACUUUCCUCUGGAGGCACCUGUCGGCGCCAUAGGACGCUCCAUUGUUAUUUUCGGACCAGAGCAUUCCCACGAGCGUUUCGCCUGCGCCAACAUCGAACCGGAUCACAAUGUCAUCAAGUACAUUAAUUUACAGAAGCCGCCACGUUUUGUUGUAGCACAGUUUCUGGAGGAGCUGCGUUCCGUAAUGGGCAUUCCGGAAUGGAUGCUGGAUGUGGAUGCUCGCAAGACAAAGGAGCUGCACGGCGGCGCCUGCAUUCAGAUGAUCAUUCACUUCAAGGGACCCAUUGCACAUCGUCUGGAGCUGGACAUGUCCCGACUGAUAGCAGCUGGUCGCCUCGAUGCUCCCAGUCUCUUUAUACCGGGCUAUGUCAAUCAAAAGCGCAAAUCGACCAUAUCGUAUCGCACCUGUGGAGUCAGGGAUCAGAACGAGAAACGCUCCAAAGUCUUCAAGGGCAGUUUCUCCUAUAGUUCAGCAGCAACCCAGCCAAAGUCUUAUAUACUCGUAUUAGCUGUGACAGUCAUCAGUUUAGUUUGUAGCAAACUUCUGUAAAUAAACAUAAAUUAAUAGAUGUAUAAAAUGUAUACUAUAAAUACAAAUCAAUUAAUGAUCUUA